AUGUACGUUGUGAUCCUCACGUCAGUCUUUACGGGGCUGGCGGCUUUGAGUGUCCUCCUCCGACUGUACACUCGGUUCUACCUCGUGAAGGCUCCUGGGCUAGAUGAUUUGAUCAUACUCGUUGCAUUGCUCGUGGACCUGGCAUUAUUUGCCUUUAUAGUUCUUGAACACGAAAAUGGCCUCGGCAUUCGUCUGGCAAAACUUUCCGAAGAUGAAGUCCAGCGACAACUAUUUUGGUUAUGGCUUUCGGUUCCUUUCUACAACAUGACCAUGGUCCUAGCCAAGUUCUCUGCAUUGACCCUAUACGCCCGACUCUUCCAUCCCCGUCCCUUCCUCUUGGUUACCUACAUCUUUAUGGGCUUCUUUGUCAUCGUAGGUCUAUGGACGACCCUGAGUGGCUUUUUCUUCUGCAUUCCUAUACACGCCUUCUGGAGUCCAUCUCCAGAGAUCCGCCUGACAAAGUGUCUACCCGCCGCCCCUGUCUGGUUCACCAAUGCGGCACUCCAGACAUUUACCGAUCUGUGGGGGAUACUUGUGGUUUUCGGUCUUGGAAUCCUUAUUGUUGCCACUAGUGCCGCUCGCAUGUAUCCAUUGAGCGUCAUGGUUAACGGAGGAGACUUUACCCAUGCAAAUGCCCAAGCAGCCCUCUGGUCCGCCCUCGAAGCCAACGUUUCCAUCAUCUGCAUCUGCCUGCCACCUCUCCACCCAAUCUUCUCUCGAAUCUUCUCCUUCUGCUUCCUUCCUCGACCGGCAACCGAGCCUCUCCGCCGGGAUGGCGGGAUUUGGUGCAACGAAAUCUUCAGUCCCGGACCAGCGAGUUACUCUGCUAGUAUUUCCAAGGUCGAUACGAAUGAACAAGCGAGUGAAGAUGGGAUUCGUGUUAAAAGGGAGUUGAGGAUGCAGUCUGAUACUAUUAAUACUCCUGUUUUCCGGCCUCAUUCUGCGAAUGGUGCCCACAUAGAUGUGGAGAUGGAAGGGGCUCUGAGAAGUACUACUGCACCUGAGAGUCACAGUGUUGAGAGGGAUUUCGGGGAUUUCGAGUUUCCGGACUAUAAGGAGAGAAUGAAUGCUCCAAUUUGA